GGCGGCGCGUCCGUCAGUUCCGGGUCAAGGUUCGGGGCGGGGUGCUGUCACUCUUAAAGGGGCCGCCGCGAUCGCAGGCGGGCGCCUAGCGCCCGGGCCUGGGUGGUCGUAUGAGCCGUGCGCGGCGAGUGCUGUGCCGGGCCUGCCUCGCGCUGGCCGCGGUCCUGGCUGUGUUGCUGCUGCUGCCGCUGCCGCUGCCUCGCGCGCCCGCACCGGACGCCAGUCGGGUCCCGACCGGGAGCCUGACCCUCGAGGUCUCCCGCCUGCAACCCGACGACGUCUUCAUAGCAGUCAAGACCACUCGGAAGAACCACGGCCCGCGCCUGCGGCUGCUGCUGCGAACCUGGAUCUCGCGAGCCUCACGGCAGACGUUCAUUUUCACCGAUGGAGACGACCCCGAGCUCCAGCUGCUGGCAGGCGGCCGCUUGAUCAACACCAAUUGCUCUGCUGUGCGCACCCGCCAAGCGCUGUGCUGUAAAAUGUCAGUGGAAUACGAUAAAUUCAUAGAAUCUGGAAGGAAAUGGUUCUGCCACGUGGAUGAUGACAACUAUGUGAACCCCAAAAGCCUGCUGCACCUGCUUUCCACCUUCUCUUCCAACCAGGACAUCUACCUGGGUCGACCUAGUCUGGACCACCCCAUCGAAGCCACAGAGAGGGUCCAAGGCGGUGGCAGCUCAAACACAGUGAGAUUCUGGUUUGCAACUGGUGGGGCUGGGUUCUGCCUGAGCAGGGGCCUUGCCCUUAAAAUGAGCCCAUGGGCCAGCCUAGGCAGUUUCAUGAACACAGCAGAGCGGGUUCGGCUGCCUGACGACUGCACCGUGGGAUACAUUGUGGAAGGACUUCUGGGUGCCCGCCUGCUUCAUAGUCCCCUGUUCCACUCCCACCUGGAAAACCUGCAGAGGCUGCCAUCUGGUACUGUUUCGCAGCAGGUUACCUUGAGCUAUGGAGGUCCUGAGAACCCACAUAACGUGGUGAAUGUCGCUGGGAGCUUCAGCAUACAACAGGACCCUACACGGUUUCAGUCUGUGCACUGCCUUCUCUACCCAGACACCCACUGGUGUCCUGUGAAGAACAGGGCUGAGGAAGCUUUUCAGUAACUGGUGACCCCUGGUGGCUGCUCUACCUGGCUCCCUCGGGCCUUAGAUUCAGGCAGUCAGCAGAAGCUCAAGCUGCCUGAAGGCCUCCCACAACCCAGGUCCCAGUUGGACACCAGGUACCUUGAGAAAAUGAGACAACCGGGCUGUGCAUGCUGAGAUCAUCCAGGAAGAGAGAAAGUCAAAGCUACUGAGCCACUGCUGCCUCUAGCCCUUCCUAGAGGUCCCUCCCUGGAUAAAGUCUACUCCCCAGCUACCCCAGCUACCCCAGGGACUGUGGCCCAGAAGGGGACUGGUUCCCCAGCCUCCAACAGCUGCAGCUUGUCCCCACCUGCAGAUGGAGCCAGGUGGGCUGGUCAUUAAGGGGCAGGCUUUAGACCUGGCCACCGGCUCUUGCUGGGGGGCUCAAAGAGCCACCACUAAAGUCAGAAUGUGUAGACUGUGUGGCCAGUGGACACUUAGGGCCAGCGUCAAGACUAUGUUUCCACGCAGGGCUGCUGGUCUCCCAUUACCUGCAUCCUUGGCCUCCCAGAGACUCCGCUGGGAGACUUCUUUCCUCUGACUUGGUGUUCAGGAUGCUUCCCCUCUGAGCUUCCCAUCGCUAGAGCCUUUCCUUUGGGCUCCUCAGGAGCAAGAUGCAGGCCCAUCAGCUUUUACAGGGGUGCCCCUCGGGGAAGUGGUUAAGUGAUGAGUAAAGGCUUCUUUGUCGUUCUUACUGUGGCUCCUCUUGUCAUAAAUGACCCAGACCCCUAGCAGCUCAGCUUUGCCGAUGUCCACAUAGCAGCUCAGUCUUCAGGGAAGCCUGUUCCUGCAGCACUGCUGCCUCUUCAACCUUCCAUGCUGUGCAGCCAAGCAGGACUCCCAUGAUCUUUCUCAACACGCAUGAUGGAAUCACUAAUACAUAUAUAUAAGCAUGA